CUAGCCGCUGCCUCUCUCCUUCUCUGAAAUCUCGUCUGCUUCCUCCUCUCUUCAUUUCUUCUUCUUCUUCUUCUUCUUCCUCCCUUUCUCCCUUCUCUCUAAAACCCUAGCCGCUACUCUUACCGUUCUUCCCCUAAUCCUUUUCUUCCUCUGAUUUUUUCCUCUUCUUCUGCUGUUCUUCAAACCGUAUUCUUCUUCUUCCACUCCUCUGGUCCCCUCCACCAUUUUCGCCCCCAAACGAUCCUAAACCCUAAUUUUCGCCCCCUACAGAUCCAAAACCCUCAUUUUUCUCCAAAUCCGAGUUUUAUAUGAAUUUCAGUGUUAGCUUGCUUUGUACUUGAUUCAUUCUGCAUAGCUCAUGGUUGUUGGUAAUUAAUGGUACAGAGGCAUUGCAAUGGCAACUUGUAUACCUGCUGGGACUGGAAGUGGUACUCUGCAAUAUAAAAAGUGUUACAACUUGGGACAAUGCUAUACAAGGAGUGCUUGGGUUUCUCAUUUGCCACAAAAAGAUCUUUCUUGGUCUGAAGGGGUAUCCAAGGUCCUGCAGAUACACAAAUGUCAGUUUUCUGGAACUCCACUUUAUAAGAAUCGGAAACUCGUCAAAGUAAUUUCCUCCUCGUGCAAAAAAGAUGAUCCAACAAAAUACUUUGACUUUGUUGUCAUUGGGAGUGGAAUUGCUGGCCUCCGCUAUGCACUUGAGGUUGCAAAAUAUGGAUCUGUUGCGGUGAUAACAAAGGCUGAGUCUCAUGAAUGCAACACGAAUUAUGCUCAAGGUGGUGUUAGUGCUGUCCUGUGCCCUUCAGAUUCUGUGGAGAAUCACAUGAAGGACACUAUUGUGGCUGGGGCUUAUCUUUGUGAUGAGGAGAGUGUCCGCGUUGUCUGUACUGAAGGACCUGAGAGGGUCAGAGAACUAAUUGCUAUGGGUGCAUCAUUUGAUCAUGGGGAAGAUGGUAACUUGCAUCUAAUGAGGGAGGGGGGCCAUUCACAUCGUAGAAUCGUUCAUGCUGCUGAUAUGACCGGAAAAGAGAUUGAGCGGGCUCUACUGAAGGCAGCUGUCAACAAUCCUAAUAUUUUUGUCUUUGAACACCAUUUUGCAAUAGAUCUUCUAACUUCUCAGGAUGGAUCUGAUAUAAUUUGUCUUGGUGCUGACAUCCUGAAUACUGAAACCCUGGAGGUGGUAAGAUUUCUUUCAAAGGUGACUUUACUUGCAUCAGGUGGAGCUGGACAUAUAUAUCCUAAAACAACAAAUCCUUUGGUAGCCACCGGAGAUGGAAUUGCCAUGGCACACAGAGCUCAAGCUGUGAUUUCCAACAUGGAGUUUGUGCAGUUCCAUCCGACAGCCUUAGCUGACGAAGGGCUUCCUAUUAAACCAACCAAGCUAAGGGAUAAUGCAUUUCUUAUAACUGAAGCUGUCAGGGGUGAUGGGGGCAUCCUCUAUAAUUUAGGCAUGGAAAGGUUUAUGCCCUUGUAUGAUGAAAGGGCAGAGCUUGCUCCAAGGGAUGUGGUGGCAAGAAGUAUAGAUGACCAACUGAAAAAACGUGAUGAUAAGUAUGUGCUCCUUGAUAUAAGUCACAAGCCCAAGGAAGAAAUUCUCUCCCAUUUUCCCAACAUUGCUUCUUUUUGUCUCCAGUAUGGUUUGGACAUAACUCGUCAUCCAAUCCCAGUUGUUCCGGCCGCUCAUUACAUGUGUGGAGGAGUCCGUGCUGGGCUUGAAGGAGAGACAAAUGUACAAGGCCUGUAUGUAGCUGGUGAGGUAGCCUGCACAGGUUUGCAUGGAGCAAACAGACUUGCUAGCAACUCGUUGCUUGAGGCGCUGGUUUUUGCACGAAGAGCUGUUCAGCCCUCAGUUGAUCAAAUGAAGAGUUCUAGUCUUGAUCUUACUGCAUCAAAUUUGUGGCCAAGACCCAUUGUGCCUUUGUCACUUGAAAGUGAUGUCAUGAACAAAAUUUUGUCUCUGACAAAGGAAUUGAGGAAAGAACUGCAAUCUAUCAUGUGGUACUAUGUAGGAAUUGUGAGGUCCACUAUGCGGCUAGAGACUGCUGAGCUGAAAAUUGGUAACCUAGAGGCUAAAUGGGAGGAGUACUUGUUUCAGCAUGGGUGGAAGCCAACAAUGGUGGCACCUGAGAUAUGUGAAAUGAGGAACCUCUUUUGUUGUGCUAAGCUUGUUGUCAGCAGUGCCCUUUCAAGGCACGAGAGCCGCGGGCUGCAUUACACCAUUGAUUUUCCUUAUCUUGAGGAAAGUGAGAGGCUUCCAACAAUCAUUUUUCCAAGUUCGCGUGUAAAGAGCACAAGGAGUUUUCGACAAUUACACAAGCAGCCCAUAUGCCAAUAAGGCAUCAAUUUCUGCCAUUAUAUAUGAAUUGGGAACUCUAUUUGAAAGCUAGCAAAAUAAACAUUGAAAGGGAAUGGAAUACUUUUUGGCCAGUACCCAAUAUUGUGUAUGUCUUCCCUCCCUCAUAGUUACCUGAUUUUUUUAUACUAUUUUCUGAUUCAUUGUUUAAAUAUAUAGCAAGAAAUAUAUUCACAAAGGUGAUUCAGGGUCAAUCACCCUUCUAACAUCUGUAUAAGUUUCACAUUGUGGUCAAAUCUCAAGAUUGUAUUUUGGUACUUAUAUUCUUUUUUGGUACUGAAAAAAGCUCCUUUCUUACA